CUGCUUCUAUGCUUCGUCGAGUCAUGAAAUACAUUGGGGCCAAUGGCAUCGCCCCCACCCUAUGUAUACCCCUGUCAAUGACUCCCAAUACAAGCAUCCAGCCCCCACGCGGAAUCAAGUGAGUCAAUUUGAACAGUACACAGGUUCGUGGACCAAUGCGACACAGUUGGCUUUGAGUGGAGUAAGGGUCCACUGGGCUGAGUGGGAUACUCGAAGUAUAUGAUAAGUUACAAUUGAUCGACACUACGAAAGAUGGAGGGGAGGGGAAAGAGAGCCGCAUGAGAGGCUGAAACACAUUGGGGCCAAGCCAUGUGUCAUGGCAGCCCCCUCCCUUUUUCCGAUUUUUGAUUCUGUCAACCUUCACUCUGGCUUCGGUUUCUGGGGUUGUUUUGUCAGGUCACUGGGUCAGAUUCACCGUGUACUUCGUCUGUGGUCAACUAUUACUCCAACCUCUCCCCGCUUCCAACCCGCUUCCCCACUCAUUACUUGGAAGCUCCCCAUCGCCCAGAAUGCAGAACAUGCAGAGGCGCUUUGGGCGCAUGACAACCAAGCAAUCAGCAGAUGAUAGCCAGAUUGCUGUGCUGUUGAAGGACUUCGACGAUGCUGAUAUGCUCCUGGGCAAGAUCGUGGAUUCUACCAAAGCCUGGCGUGAUGCUUGGAUUUCCAUCGCAACAUACCAGAGUCGAAUGAUCGAUGAGUUCGACGGCUUCUACGGUCCUAUCAUCGGCUCCUCAGAAACCCCGUCCAACCACAACCCAGUGGAAACAGACCCAGUCAAGCUAGCUCGGACAAACCGACUACGCAAGGAAUAUGAUGAAUUGCGGACUGAUCUGGUGGAAGAGCUCAAUGCUGUCGAGGAUCGCAUGACGCGGCCAGCUGCACAUGCCAAGGAAUCCUUGCUGCCUAUGAAGAAGACAAUCAAGAAGCGCAAUGACAAAAAGUCUGACUUCGAACGCUCCCAAGGCCGCGUUGAUGGCCUCUUGAAGAAGCCCAAGCGCUCCGAUCGCGACAAUGUGAACCUGGCCAAAGCUGAGACGGAGCUUGCCAAUGCGAAAGUGGUGUACCAAGCUGCCGAUGAUGACCUCCGCCAGCGCCUCCCAACCCUAGUCUCCCUGGUCUUCUCUCUGACCCCAUACAUCCUGGAAGCCCAAGUCGAGAUCCAAAACCGCAUGCUAGCACACUACUACACAGUGCUACACACCUACUGCGAAGAAGAGGGAUUCCCAUCCCCACCCCCACCAAUGGAACAAAUCGUCCAGGACUGGGAAUACGCCUACAACCCCAUCCAGUCCCACAUCGAAAGCUUCGGCUGCCUGCAACAAGGCAAAGCCCUACGCAAAGCCUCAGUCGACCAACAAAACAGCAAACGACCCUCGAUAGGCGGCCGCAAAGCAAGCACCGCCUCCUCGAUCUCCAACCUCUCAGUCCGCAGCCGAUCAACGGCCCCAGCUCCAAACCUAGGCCCGAACUCUUGCGUCCAGGAGGACUCGCCCUCGCCACCCCUGUCGACUACCACUCAUCACAACAUAACAGUCUCCAGCUCCGGUGCGACAACUCCUCUUUCCACGGGCGGAGACUCCUUCAUGCCUACCCCACCAGCGUCCAUGCCAGCCGUGAAGCCCAUGCCGCAAGGCGUGAUGCAAUUCGCACCCGCUGGUCCGAACAUAGAUUACUUCCAGUCUUCGGCAUCAGCCUCGCCGAGGGGCGGUACACCCUUGGAUACUGCCACUGCAAUCGCUGCAAAGAAGAAGCGUCCUCCACCGCCGCCGCCGAAACGUGCUGCAACGUUUGUAACGGCGUUGUAUGAUUUCGGUGGGCAGGGCGGUGAUGAUUUGGUUUUCCGGGAGGGUGAUCAGAUUCGUAUCAUUCAGAGGUCUGAUAGUACGGAUGAUUGGUGGGAGGGUGAGUUGAGGGGGCAGAAGGGGUUUUUCCCUGCGAAUUAUGUGGAGUGAUUCGGACAAUAUAUCUUGGGUGAUUGGGAGCGAAGAUGCAAAAUGGUGGGAUCGAAUCUGGGUUUUCCUUUUUACUGUGGUGCGCGAAUACCUACAUACCUAUAUAUCCGAAUACGCAAUUAAUGGGAUUUGUUGUUUUCUUAUUUGAAUACACGUAUACUUUGUAUGGAUGUGUUGUUGCUUUCGAUGUUUGUGUUCUAAACCCAUACGGCUGGUCAUCA